GGCGCGCCGCCGCCCGCGCCGUGCAGCUCACCGUGGCGCUGUGCGUGCUGCCCGCGCUGCCGGCCGGCGUCGGCGUGCCGCUCCAGCAGCGCUCCGAGAACGCCGAGCUGCUGCGGGCCGCCGGCGCGCUCCACACGGACCAGUACCAGCGCCGGGCUGCGGCCGUGCUGGCGGCGCGGCGCCUGCUGCCGCUCAGCGCCGACCGCAGCCUGGCCCGGGCCGUGCUGGACGGCCACGUGACGGACCUGCUGGCGCUGCUGCUGCUGGUGGCGCACGCGCCGCUGGCUGCCGACGGCCGCGCCGGCAUGACGCCCGAGCGGCGCCAGCAGCUGCUGCGCCAGCGGCGCCAGCUGGAGCCGCAGCUGGCGCCGCUGCUGGGCCGGCUGCCGGCCAGCGGCGCCGUGCGCGAGCUGCUGCUGCUCCAGCGCUGCGCCGCCACCAGCAAGCCGCCCCGCCGCUGGCUGCACGAGCGCACCGCCUGGUGGGUGUUCCAGUACGUGCGGCGGCCCGGCGGGCUGGCCGCCGUCACAGAGGGCCUGCUCCAGUUCUGGGGCCAGGACCGGCUCGAUGACGUGCCUCUGGAGAGAAUACAGGCUGUGGCCACGCUGCUUUGUGCACCCCUCCCGGAAUUCAAAGACGAACAGUACUUCACACACCUGGCUUCUGAGGUGCUGAGUCUGCUGCGGCUGCCGCGCCAGGAGGCCCGUGUCACCGUGCUCCGGGUGGCCGGCGCGCUGUCCGCCGCGCUGUGGGCCACUCCGCUGGGCCGGCCGGCGGUCGAGGCCGCCCUGCUGCGGCCCCUGCUGGACCCGCUGUCGGCGGAGCGGCCGGAGCCCGCCGCCGAGGCCGAGCUGAGCGGAGCCGUGACGGCGCUCUGGCAGCUGGUGGUGGUCGGCAGUGAGCCCGACUCGCCCUGUCUGGAGGCGCUGGUGCCGUACGCCGGCGCCCUGCUCAGACUGCACGCCGUGGUCGGCAGCAGCGUGAGCCAGCUGCGCGCGCCGUGCCGCGAGCUGCUGCUGCGGCUGCUGAGCGCCGGCCGGCUGGGCGGCGCGCCGCAGACCGUGGAGCUCCUCCUGCUGUCGGACGGAGUCGGUGAGGCGCGCCGGUUCGCGCUGGGUGAGACGGGCGGCGCGCGCGUCGAGCCGGUGCCCGCUGAGGAGGCCGACAACUGGCUGCUCGAGGACGACGUGUUGGCGGCGGCGUUCUCCGGGCUGCUGGCCGAGGCGGCCGCGCAGCAGCUGGUGGCCGACGUGUUUGUGACGCUGCUGGAGCGGAUGCGCGCGGUGGCCGCACUCGACGGUCUGGCGGAGGAGGCGCCGCCGCCGCUGUCCUCUGCCGAGACCCUGCUGGCCUGGGAGCGGCGGCACGCCGAGCGGCGCCGCCAGUUCCGGCACGGUCUGCUCACACUGCGCGCGCUGGCCGCGCUGACCGACUGUGAGCGGGCGCGGGCCGGCCUGGAGGACGCCGCCCGCCUGGUGCCCGUCGUGCAGACCCUGCUGGAGGGGUUCGAGGCCGGCGGCGGCGAGCCCGGUCUGCUGCAGGUGGAGACGGUCUGCCUGGCGCUGGGGGUGCUGGGCGGUCUGCUUGGCAGCGAGCCCAGCACGGCGCCGUGCUGGGCGGGCGCCCGCCGCCUGGAGCCCGUCCUGCAGCGACUGGCGGGGACUGAGGGUGGCUCGGAGCGCGUGCGGGACAUGGCGGCAGAUCUGCGGACACUGAUCCUCACCAACGGGGCCGUCCGACCCGAGGACCUGGUCACCAGGCCGCCGCAGAGCCGGCCGACCGACGACCGCGUCAAGGCCGACCCGGAUCGCAAACCGGGCCCCGGUCAAAUGCCAGACCAGCGUACUUCUGGCCAGACGCCGCCCGAAGACCAGUGGAUAAAACCGGACCCUGAUGGCCAGGUGGACAGCAAACCGGACCAACGUCGUACGCCCCUGAUCACGGUCCUCGAUUCACGGGACAACACCGACCAAACAGACGCGGCACCCGACUCAGCGGUGAAACUCGAGUCCCCGCUAGAACCUACUCCGACAGCUCAGCGGCGGCUUAAACCUUCCACGGAUGUCGGAUCUGACGCCUCUUCGCCGCCGGUCCCUGGAGAAACGGGGACGGCGUCUGGCGUUACCCACACUGACCCUGCCGCCGUAUCAAAGGACCUAGCGUCAGCCAUCGUCAGGGACAACCCGCCCUGCGGACCCUCGGACCCGGCCUGCGGACCCUCGGAGCCGGCCUGCGGACCCUCGGACCCGGCCCGCGGGCCCUCGGACCCGCCCACCUACCAGCAGGCUAUGUACGAGCUGGUGGACCCCCUGUUGCCGGUGCGCGCGCACGCGCUGCUAUCACUGAGCCGACUCCUGGAGCGUGGCGACCCGGAGACGUGCAGCCACAGGGAGCAGCUGCUGGGUGUGUUUCAGGAUAAGCUCGACGAUGACGACUCGUACGUGUACCUGGCGGCGGUGCGCGGCCUGGCCUGUCUGGCGGACCGGUACACCACACAGGUAGUGCCCGAGCUCUGCCGACAGUUCACUGACCGCGCCAGACACCAGGACACGGAGACGAGGCUCAAACUGGCUGAGGCUCUGGUGCUCGUCGUCCGAAACCUGGGCGACCUGGCGCCGCACCACUCGCCGCCGCUGCUGGCUGCCCUGCUGGCCGGCUGCCGGGACCCCGAGCCGCUGGUGCGGGCCUCCAGUCUCUCCUGUCUGGCAGAGGUGUGCCGACUGCUCCGCUUCUCACUGGCCGCUCACCUGCACGAGGUGUUUGGCUGUCUGUCAGCACUGGUGGACACGGACCCUGCCGUUGAGGUGCGGCGCGCCGCCGUCCUGGUGGUCGCCCAGCUCAUCGAAGGUCUCGGCGCCGACGCUCUCAAGGUGCUGGAGGACGUCCUUCUGCCGCUGUACCGGCGACUCAAGGUGCUGCUGCGCAGGGAGGAGGACCCGGCGCUGCUCCAUCACGUGCAGACGGCACUGGACGGCCUCGAGUCGGCCACACGACAGAUGCUGUUCCCGCCGGCACCCCGCACUCUGCAGAAACGCAUCCUGGUGCUCGACCCGCCGUCGUGAUGCACGCUCGAGACCCGUGAAUGCCCAUCCCAUGUUUUGUGAAGUGAUAUUUGCUAGCAGCGUGUCCAUCACCCAUCCGUGCCAAUACAUGUCGACAGACGGCGGAGUACACAA